AUGGCGUCAACUCUCCCUUUUACUCGUGUUGCUGCUUGCCAUGUUGCACCUCAAUUUCUCUCAUCCCAGAAGACAACCGACAAAGCAAUCUCUCUCAUCCAUCAAGCGGCCAGAAAUGGAGCAAACCAUUUCCUCUUUGGAGCGCGCUACGUCCCCCCCACCGAGAACCACGACCUUUUCAAACGUCUCGUCCAGGAAUCGGUAUACGCAGAUGGCCCAGAGAUUCAAGCCCUUCAGGAUGCGGCUCGUGAAACUAAAACAGUUAUUAGCAUGGGCAUGUCCGAAAAGGCCCAUGCUAGUACAGCAUGUCUUUACAACUCAAACUUACUUAUAAACGUUGAUGGCAAAGUCGCCAUCCACCACCGGAAGUUGAUGCCAACAUUCUUCGAAAAAUUGACGUGGAGCCUUGGCGAUGGCCAUGGGCUACGGGUGGCUGAUACCCCAUAUGGUCGUAUCGGAGGGCUUAUAUGCGGGGAAAAUACAAACCCACUGGCGCGGUAUUCUUUGAUGGCCCAGAAAGAACAGAUUCACAUAUCGUCAUGGCCAUCUAUCUGGCCGACUAGAACGCCCAAGCCAAGUUCCGAAUCAGCAAAUGAUCAUCCUGACCACGUCCCACGCAACUACGAUAAUGUUCUCGCUAAUCGUCUGCGAGCCGCAGCUCAUUGUUUUGAGGCCAAGUCGUUUGGUGUUAUGUGCAGUAGCUUUCUCAACCAGGAGACCAUCGACACUAUACUAGAAGGCUCUACUUCACAUGAGACUGUGGAACGUUCUCUGAAAGAGUCUCCUCGAGGAGUAAGCAUGUUUUUGGAUCCAACGGGUGCCCCUCUUCCUGCUUUUAUAGUGGACGAGAAGACCAACAUUCAACAACCUAUUGAGUAUCUGCAGAAUGAGGAGAAUAUAAUCUACGCCGAUAUGAACCUCGAGGAUUGUAUUGAGGGAAAACAGUAUCAUGAUGUUGUCGGUGGAUAUCAGAGACUAGAUGUCUUCCAAUUGCAGGUCAAUCGCUCUCGGAAAGACCCUGUGAUUUUCAAGGACUCUUGA